AUGGGACUUUCACCUUGCCGGACAUACUGGCUAAGCCAUGCUAAACUACUAGGAUAUUCAUGGGAAAUAUACUACUCCUUGCUAAGGACUGAUCAGUUGUCAUUUCGAGUCCUGGGAAAGAGUGAUCCACAAAGGAGCCGCCCCAUUUCUUGCUAUAUUGAAGUGAGACAAAGGAUCCUAACGCGAGACGGGACGUCGGACGAAUCAUAUCCCUUUCGUUCCUAUGAUACUCCUGCCCUAGGAGGUGCCCGGUUGUGGUGCCUCACCCUCCGAUCAAUCUUCUACACAAGGCUUCCUAAUUGGCUCGGAAUGAGUUAUACCCAUCAUUUGAGUCCACCGAUCCCCUCUCUUAACCAGCUAUUGCUUGCUCAUAACCAUUGGCUGCAGUCGCUCGCUGCGGGGGUUCGUACAAUGAGGGUUGUACAAUGGGGGUCGCUAAGGAAUGGGAGUGAGCGUUCGCUCUUGCUCGCUGCUGUGGUUGCGCUGCUGGAGUUAGCUUGUGGUUGGCUGUUCAUACCCUAUAUUGGUUUGCUUAUGGUUUGCGGUCAACCGCCGAGAUUGGUGGUGGGGCCCUAUCACUGCCUUACAUACUAG